CAAGCCCGACCCCCACCCGGCUCCAGCCUCCUCUGAGGGAGCUGCAGGGAGCCAGGAGGUCUCCCCUCAGGCUCCUCUGCUCCAGGCUACGGCAGAAAUGGAGGCACAAAGGAAGAGAAGAGCCCAGGAGGAGAAGAAAACAAAACUGCCAACAGCCAAGCAGAGAAGCCAGGGAGGGGAAAGGGAGCAGAGGCUGGAAGAGGAGGGGCGAGGAAGCUGCUGCCCGGAGCUGGGGAACCUCAGGCAGGUCCUGAGCUGCCGUUAGAGCUGGCCCGGCCCAGGGCAGCCCCGGGGCUGAGUCAGGGCUGGGCGCUGGCUCCGAGGGCGGUGGCUUUGCGGCGAGGCUCACAACCAGCCCAGCUCCUGCCCUGCCACAUCGCUGCCAGGCCCUGCCCGGGACACAGCCCCGCUCAGCACCCAGCCAUGCCCACCGAGACCGAGCGCUGCAUCGAGUCCCUCCUGGCCGUGUUCCAGCGCUACGCAGGGCGGGAGGGGGACAGCUGCACCCUGUCCAAGAGGGAGUUCUUGGCCUUCAUGAACUCGGAGCUGGCUGCUUUCACCAAGAACCAGAAGGACCCAGCAGUGGUGGACAGGAUGAUGAAGAAGCUGGACCUGAACAGCGAUGGGCAGUUGGACUUCCAGGAGUUCCUCAACCUCAUCGGGGGCAUUGCUGUGGCCUGCCACAACACCCUGGUGGUCAGGAGCCCUACCCAGUAAGCCUGCCUGCUGGGGCUCCUCUGCCCCCUCCAAGCACCCCUGGCAGCAGCUGGCAGCAGUGCCCCUGGGCUGGGCACUUCCCCUCCCCCCCCCCUUUUUAUGGUCAAAUAAAGAAGGGUUCCAGCCCCA